AUGUCGUCAGACGCAGACUAUGCUGCCUUCCUCGAGAAAGCAAACCAGGACGUUGCACCGGCAGAGCAACAGGAUCUGAGCCAGAAGGGAUACGGCACGAAGAGCGUGAAUACGGCGGUGCCGAAGGCGCUGGAGAGCGUAGAGGAGUACUAUGUUAGUGAUGCGGAUGAGCCGUUUGAACCUGUCGCUCUCGAGUUCGACGGUAGCUCUGUGUCAGCGAGUAUGUGCGAUUUGAAGAAGUUAUUGGGUGAGCAUAAGGUUAAAGAGGUUACGGAGAAGGGGUUUGAGACGCAGUAUAAGAAGGUUGUUGAUGCGGUGAAGAAGGCUGGGAAUGGAGAGGUAAAGGUGUUUAGGGUUGAGCUGGAGGGUACGAGGGCGGAGUACUAUGUUGUGGGUGUGGAUAAGGAGGGAGGGAAGAUUGUGGGACUGAAGGCGUUGAGUGUUGAGUCUUAG